AUAACGACCGAUUGCCAUAGAAGAAAAGAAGAAGAAACAAAUUAUUCAGUACUUGGUGUUUUUUAUGUUUUUAAAAUUGUAAACAUGUCCAAUGUGUUACUCAUUAGACAUUUGCCAAAUUUCUUGUCUUUCCAAGACAAGGAGCAACUUUUAAAACAUUUUGGUGCUGAAAAAGUGUGGGAGACCUCCGCCAAACGGAACUAUAUAUUUGCAUCAUUUUCUAGCGCAGAAAAAGCGAAGGCGUCACUAAUAAGACUUCACCAGCUUAAAAUAGCACAAAGAAGACUAGUUGUAGAGUAUUCCUUUGAGAAAGAAUUAAUUAAAAAUGAUAACCAAGAAAUCGAAACUUCUGCGUCAACUAAACAUUUGAAGGACUUCCUUAGGCUCUUGAACGCUUGGAACCCGUCUGUGGACUUUUAUCAGCCGCCCCCAGUGCACUUGCGGUAUAAAUAUCCAGAUGCGAGUACCACGACUCUUAUUAACAUUUUAUAUGCGAUAUGUAAACAUAAACCUUUUUAUAUACAAGUAUUACAUUUGAUGAAUAGAAUGUGCCUUGAUACACCAUUCAAAGACAAUGAGAGAGCUAUAGAAUUUUUCAAAGAAACAUUUCAAGAGUAUUUGGUUAGUGAAGUAAGUGUGAUACCACCCCUACCUGUUAGCGAGCCAGAAUCAGAAAUAUCAAGUGACGAAGUUGAAAAACAACAGCAGUCUAUACCUAAAUCAGUAAAAAGACGGCAGCAGACUCUUCCAAAGACUAGAAAACGUGUCGCUGCUAUUUUGUCUACGGCAACAUUACCCAAAGCGAAAAGGGUUCAUAUUAACCAAGAGGAAGUAUUUGAAAAUAUCACACCGAUACAGGAAGCAAAGAAAAUAUCGCUCGUCGUCCAUCAAGACGCUCUACAGAAGCCAUCCGAAGAGCCUGAAGUUAUUGGAGAGCUUGGUAAAUUCGAGAAAGAAGAACAACCUACGCACACUCCAGAAGCUGUAAUGGAGCCCGAACAACCCACUAUUACUAAAAAGGAGUUAUUACGCAACAGACUAUCAUAUAGAGAUAUGAAAGUACUACCCAUAUUUAAAAACUAUCACCCUGGCCAACCUUCGAUGAGGUUGUACAUUAAAAAUUUAGCAAAAACUGUUACCGAAUUAGAUGUUAAGAGAAUAUAUAAGCGUUAUGUGGAAGAUCUCACAGAUGAAGAACAGUUGUGUUUUGAUGUGAGGGUCAUGCAGGAAGGUAAAAUGAAAGGGCAAGCAUUUGUGACAUUUCCUUCUGUUAGUACAGCGGAAAAAGCAUUAAAUGAAACAAAUGGUUACAUGUUAAAAGAUAAACCAAUGGUCGUACAGUUUGCCAGAGCUGCUAAUAAAAAAAGUAUAGAAUAA